AUGGCACAACAAAUGAAAAAGAAGUUUGAUAAGUAUUGGGACUCAUAUAGCAUCAUUUUAGCUAUUGCUGUUGUAUUUGAUCCUCGUUACAAGCUAAUCUUUGUUAGGUAUGCUUUUGAUAAGAUAUACAGUUUGGAUUCAACAGCAAUGGAAAAGUUUAACCUUGUGAAAUCGACCUUAGCACAACUCUUUGAAGAGUACCGGUGCAUGGAGAUAACUGAGGAAGAGAGAGGAUUACAAUCACAUGCUAUUGAGGACAAUACAGUUGGAGAUGUUUUAGAUUGGGAGGAGCUAUCUAUGUAUGAGAGUUCUACUACUACUGUAAUACAAGAUAAAUCCGAAUUAGAUUUAUAUCUAGAAGAGCCAAGGAUUAAAGAUCCGAUCAAGCAUUAUGAUGUAUUGGCCUUUUGGAAGUCACAAGGAUCAAAGUAUCGUGAUCUUUCUCGGAUGGCACGGGAUGUGUUGGCUAUUCCGGUAUCAACUGUUGCUUCUGAAUCAGCUUUUAGUGCUGGAGGUAGAGUUAUUGACAAAUACAGAAGUAAGCUUUUGCCUACAAAUGCUGAAGCGUUGAUUUGCCUUCGAGAUUGGAUGUUCGGAGUAGACUUUAGAGCUGAACCGGUUGAUGAUGCCAGUGAUUUGGCUAAUGCUUUGGGGAAUGUGUUGUCUUUGGAUGUGAGUGGUGAUACUAAUAUUACAGUAGAACCUACACAAAGAUCUUCUAAUGCCUCUACUGCAGCUAAUGUUUAGUCUGUUAGGUGGGAUUGAUGUUGAAGCACUCCAGAUUAGACGAAAUCAGGAUAAUUUUGAGUCAUGUAACUAAAUAUUUAACUUUGGGGAUGUUUGGAUACGAAUUUAAGAUUUUUUGUGAUA